ACUGUAGUUUGGAGCAAUUUAGCAUUUUAGCACUGCUACUUUGACCCUCAUGUACAGUUUUGUUUAUUUUUUUGGGCAGAUAAAUAGAAAAAUCAACUAAAUAAAUUGGGGCCCUCUUCAACAUUAGGUGCCCCUGUCAGUGAUUUAUAAACUUUAGAAUGGAUUUCCAUAUUGUGUGAAGGAUUUCUAGUCAUUAGUGGAGUGUCUUAGUUUCUCUAGCUUCAUAUCAUUCAGUACCUACAUGAUCCGGUCUCUGAAUUUCAGGUGAGAGACGUGCUUCCAUUUAAUGACAACAUGGCACCAGCCACCACGAAAGCCAAAAACAUCCUGGUGUUUUUAAUGGGUUUAAUGAUAUAGACCUGAGUGGGUGUAGGUAUAGAUGUGAGGAUGAAGCUAUGAGAAAACCUAGAAAUCACUUGUAAAUCGCUGACUUCCUAUUAGGAAUUAUUGACUUUACAUACCGUAUAUCUAUUAGCUCUAUAUGUUGUAGAGCUGAAGAACAAAGGUAGACCAGAUGGACCUUUCUGAAUAUUUAUGAUGGGAAACAACAUUUUAAAAGAACCUGGUUUGAAAAUUGUCCUUAAUGUGAACCUUGACAUGUCCCUAAGGGAUUAUUUCAAGUCUGUAAUGAAAGGUGUUAUGAAGCAGCUAUGUGUCUCUCUCCUCAACAAGAGCCAAAUCACUACAGCUGUCACUGGACAGAGAGGAGGCAGAGGAGGAAGAUGAAGAUAAAGUCAGAUUAGAUCCAUAUGGCAGUCACCUGCACUUUGAGGUGGGUCCUGAUGGAGCCUGUGGGCAUCCGCGGUUCUGGGCUCGAUUCCCCUCACUGUGGUCAGGUUGCAGGCUCACCCAUGGGGUGCUUCAGGGCAGGGUGGGCUUUGAGGUGAGGCUGGAGAGAAAGUUGUUGACUACACAGCUGGAGGACCAAGAGGUCAUGGAGCCCUAUGGUCUGAGAGUAGGCUGGUCUUUGGCUGGCACCUCUCUGCUGCUAGGUGAGGAUGAUCUUUCUUUUGCUUAUGACUGGAGUGGUAAAAAAGUGUCAGGUGGAAAAGAAGAUGAGUUUGGAGAACCAUUCUCAGAGGGUGAUAUCAUUGGCUGUUACACUUCUUUCUCCACAGAUGGUGCCGCUCAGCUCUCUUUCCAUAAGAAUGGCCGUUUCAUUGGUGUGGCCUUUUCUCUGGGCGCCUCAGUGCUGGAGAAUCGUCCUCUGUUCCCUCACAUCCUCUGUAAGAGCUGUUCGGUCAGAUUCCUCCUGGACCCCACAGCUCCCCCCUGGUACCCCUGCCCUCCAGGGUUUACACCGCUGGCAGCACUCCCUGUUGGGCAGAGGGUGCGUGCCACACAGACCCCUUUUUGCAGAGCACAGUGUGAGGUGCUGCUGAUGGUGGGUCUUCCUGGUUCUGGGAAGAGCCACUGGGCCAGGACUCACAUGAAGCAACAUCCAGAUAAACAGUACAGACUGCUGGGAACAGAGGAGCUGCUCGCCUGUAUGAUUAGUGGCGGACAGAGCGACAGCAGGCUGCAGCAGGCCUGUCAGUGUCUAACUGAUUUAAUCAAGAUGGCUGCUCAGACACCUGGCAACUACAUCCUUGACCAGUGCAACAUCCUCUUCUCUGCUCGUCGAUACAAGCUGCAGCUGUUUGCAGGCUUCAGGCGGCAGGUGGUAGUAGUGUUUCCCUCAGCAGAUGAAUGGAGAAGACGACUGUCGCAGCACCAGUUGAAUGACUGGGUGCGGAUCCCUGAGACCGCUCUCCUCAAACUCCAAGUGAGCUGCAGUCUUCCAGAGCAGCAGAGUGACCUGCUGGAGGACCUGCAGUACGUUGAACUGUCUCAGGAACAGGCGCAGGAGCUCCUGCAGGAGUAUAAAGACGAGGCUCGCAGACUGCUGCCACCCAUCCCCAAACCAGAGAAGAGGAAACCACGACUUUACAAGAAAAGACCCUGCCAUGAAGUACCUCCACCCUCACACAGGACCCAGUGGACAGGGUGGAACAACGCAAGGCUCAUGCAGUCAUGGAGUCAACAGCCAAGAUAUUGGAACAUGGUGCAUCAGGACCAGGGCCACUACUACAGAGGACUUGGUUACAGCAGUUAUGAGGGAUACUGGUGACAAAUCCUGGAGUAAGAAGAAACAGCUGCUGCACAAACUCUGUUUACGAGGAUGAUAAGUCUAGUCUGUCUGUCACCACCGGCUGUUCCCGUCAGGGGUCGCCAUGGCAAAUUGUCACACUGAGGAUUCGCAUGUUGAAAUUUGGCAUGUGUUUUACGCCGGAUGUCCUUCCUGAUGCAACACCUGAAUUGAACCCGGGCCGCAGCGAAAAGAGUGCUGAAUCCUAGCCACUAGUCCAUCAGGGACAAGGAUAAGUCUAGUGAUUUUUAUUGAUUUGA